UGCCAACGUAAGUUGUUCGUGAGUAUACACGCGCAUUUAAUCAAUAUUGAACCUUUUUUAAAUUUUUUCUAGCCUCGCCCCGCUGCGGCUUUGUCAUCAUGAGCACAGUGCAGGUCCAAAAAAGCCCCAGGCGUCGUUCUUUGGUUGAACCGGAGUCUGCAGAAGUGUACAACGCUACUAUGGGGCCGUGUCGAGAAUCUAACGCGCAGUUGAUCGACGCCUUUAAGAACGCGUUCGCUCCGACACUAACCGGUAGUACAGACGCAAGCAGCAACAAACAACUGGCACCACGGUUCAUUGACGUUGGAUGCGGUGACGGGAAUUUUACCCUUAACUAUCUGUUGCCACAAUGCUCAUCGCAGUGCCAGGAACUUGUGGGCGUCGACAAAUCGCUCACGAUGCUGGAAUACGCGAGUCUCCACCACAGGCACGACAAGAUUCGUUAUCUGCAUCUCGACAUCGUUGGAAGUGAUGUGGACAAAUUUGUGAACAAGCAUGGCCUUUUUGCGCGUGUGUACUCUGUCUACGUACUGCACUGGAUCACGGACAGGGCUCAAGCCCUGAGAAAUAUUGAGAAGCUGAUGGCACCGGCAGCGGAAUGCUUUGUUCUCUUCGAGAACAGCAUCCCACUCUUCGAGGUACUCAUGGCCCUGGCAGAAUCGCCACGAUGGAAAGAGUACGCAAAGGUUCUGCUAGAGAAGGUCCCUGGCACAGCCCGCAGCACGGACAUUACUUUCUUGAGGUCCCAACUGCUGAGUACCUUGGAGAAGACGAACCUCAAGCCUCUGACCUGCGAAGUACUACAGUUGCCGGUACUGAGAGUACACAAUCUCGAAGACGCAACUGAUCGCAUGGUUUCCUACAACCCCAUCUACCCACUGAUAAACGACGACGAAAAGAAAGAGCUUUGUCGCUCUACAGCUGACAUACUCGCUGCGAGAGAACAAGGAAUCGCGGAAGGCAGGGCAGAGAAUUACCGGUUUACUUACGUUAUUCAUGCCUAUAAGCCGACAUCAUAGACGAGCGUCCACACUCGUUCACGCGUCCACGCGCUACAAGGCACCCAAAAUGGUAGACGUUUGGGUUUGUUGGCGCACCAUGCGCAAAUAGUUUUCAAAGUACCAAUAUUAUGGUCGAGGUAUCAAAAUACUACAUACUACAUUGACUACAUAUUCUUCAAGGUAGCCAAAUAAAGCGUUCGUCUGUUU